AUGGCCCCCGCCAUCCCCAAGGCUACAGAGGCCAGCGGACCAUCUUCCCCCACUCCUGGCCACAGUCUGAGUCCCAGCCCCGAACACCCCAAGGAGAGUCCCUUGGAGGUUUGGUUGAACCUGGGAGGCAGCACACAUGACCCUCAUGGGCCAGAGCCAACAUUCCCCUUUCAGGGCACACUGGAGCCACAGCCAGCGUCAGAUAUAAUUGACAUCGACUACUUUGAAGGAUUGGAUGGUGAGGGCCGUGGUGCCGACCUGGAGAGCUUUCCGGGAUCGCCAGGAACCUCAGAGCACCACCCUGAUACUGGGGGAGAGACCCCUUCCUGGAGCCUGCUUGACUUAUAUGAUGACUUCACCCCCUUUGAUGAAUCUGACUUCUACCCCACCACAUCCUUCUAUGAUGACCUGGAUGAAGAGGAGGAGGAAGAGGAGGAUGACAAAGAUGCACCAGGAGGUGGAGACCUGGAAGAUGAAAGUGACCUUCUGGUGCCCACCGAGAAGCCUGGUCUGGGGCCUGGGACUGGCCAACCUACCAGUCGGUGGCAUGGUGUCCCCCCACAGCAUACUCUGGGGAUGGUCCCUGGCAGCAGCAUCGCCCUCAGGCCUCGCCCGGGAGAGCCAGGCAGGGACCUGGCCCCAAGCGAGAAUGGCACUGAGUGCCGCAGCGGCUUUGUGCGACAUAACGGCUCCUGCCGGUCAGUGUGCGACCUCUUCCCAAGUUACUGUCACAAUGGCGGCCAGUGCUACCUGGUGGAGAACAUAGGGGCCUUCUGCAGGUGCAACACGCAGGACUACAUCUGGCACAAGGGGAUGCGCUGCGAGUCCAUCAUCACCGACUUCCAGGUGAUGUGCGUGGCCGUCGGCUCUGCUGCCCUCGUUCUGCUCCUGCUCUUCAUGAUGACGGUGUUCUUCGCCAAGAAGCUGUACCUGCUCAAGACAGAGAAUACCAAGCUGCGUAGGACCAACAAAUUCCGGACCCCGUCUGAGCUCCACAACGAUAACUUCUCCCUCUCCACCAUCGCCGAAGGCUCUCACCCAAACGAUGACCCUAGUGCUCCCCACAAAAUCCAGGAAGCUCUCAAGGCCUGCCUGAAAGAGGAGGAGUCCUUUAACAUCCAGAACUCCAUGUCGCCCAAACUUGAGGGUGGCAAAGGUGACCAGGCUGAAUUGGAGGUGAACUGUCUUCAGAAUAACCUAACCUAAAGCAGAGCAAGAAGAGAGGAAAUGGGGGGAGGGCGGGGGGCAGGGAGAAACAGGACCUCCUCUUGUACAGAGUCUGUUUCUUGUAACCAUUUGUUAAACUUUUCUUUUUCUGAUCUCAUGGCAUGCUUUGAUGUAUUUUGUACAGGAGGGGAAAUACACACACACACACACGUACACACGCGUACACACACACACACACACACACACAA